GCCAGUCUUCCUCAGCAAGAAAAAAAAAAAAAGCAUUGGCAGAUGUUAGCUCACUGCUAAUCUUCCUCAAAAAAAAAUUUCAGAGUGUGGGAAUUGUCUUUGCCUAAUUGGACUACAGAGAAGCUUUAUAAGUAUGUAUAAAUAUGUAUUAAGUAACUGUUCAUCUAAUCUAAACCUCCCCUGCCCCAUACUGGAGAUUUUGCACUGCUUGUAUGCAAGCCUACACCACUAUUUCAUGGCCUUGCAAGGAUAUGAUUACAAUAUGAUUUUACUAUAACAUCAAAUUGCUCCAGUAUUUCUCUUUUGCUUUGAAAGCUUCAAAUUGACAGCUUUUGAGUGGAGAUCUUUCACAUUAAUUGGGAUAAGAUCAGGCUAUUCAGUAAUAAUGGCUGCUAAUGGCGUGAAGCCUUUUGUGUCUAUUAACCAGGGUGUUCCUUUGUGUCAUUGAUUUUUAUAUCCAAACAGUUUGUCAUUUGGGGGGGCCAGUUCUCCACAGCAAAAAAUGAAGAACUCUAAAACUUUAAAUCUGUAGUUUAACCAUUAAACGUGGAAGUGAUUGAGUAUACUCUUAAAUAUGAAUUUUUUCAUCUUUCUUGUCCUUCAUGAUUUUUCCUACUAUAUUAGAUAAUUUCUAAAGAUCUCUAUGUUUAAAGUAGAACUUGCUUCAAUGAACGUGGUUUUAUCUUUCAACUUGAACCUGCUGGGAAGUCAAGCUGUAUUCUUGGCAUCAUGAUUUUCUCCGUGGCACCCGAUUUCAAAGACCACAAUUAUGACCUCACCAAACUGCAUGUCUUUGAUAAUUUCAUGGCUUCCAAGUACUUCUUAAAUGGGACCAUACCGAGUAAAGUAGUUUGCAGAUCACUAUGCUAGAUACCUUUUCACUCGGAGCUCUAAAACAAAAAGUCCAUGAAACAAUCAGCUUGCAGACUGGGUUUAUGGGGUAAGACCCCAAUUGAUGUGGUGAGUUUGUCCAGGUUUCUUCAGCUGUGUCAUGGAAGGAUCCGAAGUGCACCUAAGUGAUUUACAUUUGUGGCGACAUGUACGGUGUUGUUCUCACCCUCAGUGGUAUUACCUCCAUUUUACAGACGAGGAAGCGUGGCCAGAGUGGCACGGUCCUGAACAAGCAGAGCCCCUCUCUAUGAGUACCUCGGGUUUAUUUCGCUUUCCUGCACCACUGACCAGAAUAUGCACAGUGUCGUGGGGACUCCGGCUUUGGGAGAGGCCAACAUUGUUAUCCCCAGGAAGAGCAGUCACUCGGGUCCAGAUGGCAGGCAAGAAGGACCGCCCUGCUCUGCCUUCCCUGGACGAGAGUGAGCUUGAAGAGCAGUUUGUGAAAGGACAUGGGCCGGGUGGCCAAGCGACAAACAAAACAAGCAACUGCGUGGUGCUGAAGCACAUGCCCUCAGGCAUCGUCGUCAAGUGCCAUCAGACACGAUCAGUUGAUCAAAACAGAAAGCUAGCUCGGAAAAUCCUACAAGAGAAAGUGGAUGUUUUCUACAAUGGGGAAAACAGUCUUGUAUACAAGGAAAAACGAGAGUCAGAGAAGAAAAAGCAAGAAAGGAAAAAAAGAGCAAAGGAAACCCUAGAAAAAAAGAAACUCCUUAAAGAACUCUGGGAAUCAAGUAAAAAUGUCCACUGAGUAAAAAUGUCCAGAUUCUGACUAAAACACUGCCAGAAGCUUUCAAGGAAUAAUGGUGGUGAGUUCCAUCACCAGCAUUAUUAUGGAGCUUUGAAAGAAAGAUCUUUGACAGACUUAAAAGACCUUAAAGUUUUUCAAUGGUGGUCUAAGUUGUAGUGAAUGGAGAUGCACAGUUCAAGAAUAAAACUGUAAAGCAGCACGAGGAAGUCAUCACUUAAAAGGCUAGCGGCGACUGUGGGAGGGGGAGGGCCGUCCACGGCAUGCCGUACUGGGAGGGGCCUCCGGGGUCACCGACAGUUCUAUUUCUUGACCUGGGCGGUAGGGAGAAGGAUGUCGCCUUAUUUUUUCAAGCUAUACAUUUGUGUGAUUGUAGCUUGUUUUAUUAUCAAAGGUUAGAAAUAAAAAUAUUUUUUUAAAGCAUA